AUGUUUGGUUUUUUUAAUAUAGAUACAAAUUCUCAAUAUAAUUCUCCUUAUCACAACUAUACAGCUGGCAUCCAUUAUGAUUUUUCGUCUAAAGAUAGGCACAAGAAGGAUAAAAUUAUUAAUGAAAUGGAACUUUCAUAUUCUGCUCCACCUCUUGAACCAUUCAUAAAUACCAAUGACCAAACAUCCGAUCUUCCUGCUGAAGACCUUAUUAAAACCAAUACAGAAAAUCUACCAUCUAAAAUUGGAACAAUAUUAUAUGGAGCUUGGAUAGAUCCAAAUUUCAAAAAGGCACGUGUUUACAAAAUCAUUAAUCAACAUCAUUUUACCGAAAUAGAAUAUUCAUUAUACAUGGAAGUUGCUAAAAUUCUAAAUAACGAGAUUACAGAUACUAUUGCUGGACUUCUUCUGAUGGUUAUGGGAAGAGAUAAGCCCCCAGAAGUUGUUCCGAAAAAUUGGCCAGAUAAAGUUAAAAUUAUGACACCACGCGCAGAAUAUAUCAAAGAAGGCUACGGCCCAUACAAUAUUACGUCAAAAAUCUUAAUUAAUCUCCUUUCCUCACAAAAUCCACAUAGAUCUGUUAUCAGAUUCAUAGAAUACGAAUUUCUGAAGACCGAUUAUCCAAAAAUAAGAUAUGAUGCAAUCCAAACUACUCCAGAACGUUAUUUUAUUGAUCCAGCAGAAUUAUACACAAAAUUAAAUAUUCAACGUGAAGUAUCUCAAUCUCCUCUUAGUUUUGAUAAUACAGCAGAUAACACAAUCACUAUUACACACUACAAGUACAAUAAUUGUAAUUGGUUCAAACUUCGCUCAGACAAUUUCUCAAUGGCGUGGGGAGAUGAUGCUUCUUUAGGUUUAAAUGGAAUACAUGGUCCAAUACCAUGGGUAAAUAUCUGUAGUGAUUCCAUUCCUCCAACAUUACUAUUAGAAACCAAUUUUAAUCCUCAGGUUCAAUGGAAUCCUACAGUUACACCAAAUAUUUUUGUUCCAGGCGGUUUUUGUCCUAGAAACAAUCCAACUAAUUACAUUUCUAACUUCGUCAUGAGCUUCAUGAACAAUUUUUUAGAAAUUCAACUUAAUAUUUAUACUUGGAAUGGUAAAGAAUUCAUAAAAACAAAUGGAGAAAAGGCAUUAGACAAGAAAAGAACUACUUCUGAUAUAUUCUUUAUUUGGCCAGAUAGAAACGGUCGACUUCCUCUCACAAACAUUUUCAAUUCUCCUCUGGAACGUGUUGCAGAUUAUCUUAAUGUUGUUGAAUGCACAGAUGAAACAUGUAAUGAUCCAAAUUGUCCAUGCAAACUCACCAAAAACUUGAGAAAUCCAAAAGUUUCUUUAGCUUAUUUCCCAAAUAAACAAUGGGGAGUAAUCGCUCAGGAGUUCAUCCAAUCUGAUAAAUUACUUUUCCUUUACCAAGGCAAGAAAUAUGUUUCUGAGAAUGACAAAAAUAUUUCUGAUAAUUACAGUUUUAGUGUUUAUAUCGCAGAUUCAAAUCCACUUACUUUGGAUGCUGCUGAUAUGUGCAACACAUCGAGAUUUAUCAAUCAUUCAUGCAAUGAUGAGAGUACAAGGUUCAUGCAACCAAAUUGCAUCGCGUUAAAUAUCACUGCAGCACCUAUGGAUUAUAGAAUUGCGAUUUUCUCGUUAAGAGACAUUUUACCUGGAGAGGAAUUGACACUGAACUACGAAUUCGUCGUGAAAAAGAAGACAUGCAGCUGUAACAGUUGCUUGCAUCAAAAACAUCCAGACUUUCAAUAA